AUGGUAGGGUCUCUAUCUCGGAGCAGCAGUAGUGCCGUGGCUGGGAAGAAGCAAGUCGGUGGGUAUAUAUUGGACCAGAGGAUAGGCAGGGGGAGCUAUGCCCAGGUCUGGCGGGGACAUAUGAUAUCUCAUCCGGAUAAGUUAGUGGCAGUGAAGGUUAUCAAUAGAGGUACAGUGCAGGAGACUAGUCAGUUGAGGCAGGAGGUCAGCGCUCUCAGGAAGCUGCGACAUGAGAAUAUUGUGCGUUUCAUAGACCUUCGUAAAUCCCAAGGACACUUCUACUUGGUGCUUGAAUACUGUGAGGGUGGGGAUUUGGCCCAGUUCAUGCAGGCUAGAGGAGGCAAGCUUGAGCCAUCACUAGCCCGUCGGUUCUUCGCACAGAUUUGCUCUGGCUUAUCGUCUCUCCAUCUACAGCCAUCACCACUCAUACACAGGGACAUCAAGCCGCAGAAUGUGCUGCUUUCAUAUAGCUAUCUCUCCUCGGCCGAAAGCUCACCGGCGAGCUCAAUUUCUUCUGGUCCAAGUGCGAUAAGUGAUGAGAUGUACAUCCUCAAGUUGGCAGACUUUGGCUUUGCAAGGUCGCUGCAGCCAACUGACAUGGCGGCCACUGUGUGUGGCAGCCCGAUGUAUAUGGCACCAGAAAUACUUAGACAUGAACGAUACGAUUAUCGUGCUGACCUCUGGUCUAUAGCCUGCAUUCUGUAUGAGAUGCUCCAUGGGUAUCCACCAUAUCCAGGCGCUCAGAGUACUAUUGAAUUGUUGAAGCGCAUCGAGAGCGGUCCGCCAAUCACGUAUGGGGACAUUUGCUCGGCCUCAUGCCUUGACCUGCUGAAACGAGUGUUGGUCAAAGAUCCAGAGCGCAGGAUGGAGGCUGAGCUCUUCUAUAAGCAUCCAUACGUCAUACAUCAAAACGAAGAUGAUACCCCAACUUUCGGGCGGAAAAACUCACCUUCCUCUUCCUCUGCCAAGAGCCUUGGAAUGGGCAGGCCGGCGCCGGCGAAAAUCCGCCAACCUACCGAUGAUCGAGCACGUGAGCACAAUCCCGUCCGAUCAAGCUCAAGCAUGGGCCUUUCUGACCGCUCCCAGGAACAGCCGCAUUCCAUGGAGAUGAGUGGCCAAUCAACUCGAACAGGAAAGAAAACACGUGCCGACAGUCCCCUCCUGGUCCCCAAUGUAUCUCUUGCGGAAAAUGUACAAGAUAUAGUCUGUGGAGCUGAGGUGUUUCAAGAAGAUGCUACUCUGGGAGACACAUCGGAUGACACAUCUGAAGGAGAGUUCGUGAUGAUAACCGAAGUUACAGACCCAAAGCAAUAUCUCGACAAAGGUGGAGGGGAACAUCCCAUGAGCUCUCAAGAUCAGCUUGUCACUCUACCCGACCGACGGACGUAUGCCUCCAGAGCGAUGUCAUUCGGCUCGCAGGAAGAGUCUGGUGCGGAUUCCUCUCGAGUACCGACACCUACUGGUCGUCUGAGCUGUGGGAGGACCACAUGGAGUGGUAUCAGCGGCAGUGAGUCGACCUUGAAUGGUAGCAUGAGCCGGUCCUCGACGUCCCCUGCUGUCACCAAGUAUGCUACUGAUAUCUGCCGGGUGGUCACUGAGGUAAAGCGGAUUGCAAUGCGGGUUGCUGGCGUCCAAACCGACGACCUGGGCUUUGGUACGGUCUUCCGCAAGGAUCGUCUCGGUAACCGCCGUCGGUAUGGAUCGCAAACACCAGGUUGGAAGCAGCUGGAGGAGUACCGCGAGGAUCUCUGUGACGCCUUAGCCGUCCUUGAUCGAUCAGAGCGAUACGCAGAGUUGGCCUUGGAAGUGGCUGACCCAGACAUGGCUACCAAUCUUGAACGAGAGUGUGCGCACAGUGAAGAAUUGAGGAAGGACUUGAUCGCUCGUCUUGAGGGUGUCCAUCCUGGAGAGGAGGAGUUGCCGAUAGCCAGACCUGGUCGAAGGAUCCUGUUGCAAGCGUUGGACCUCGGACGGUCGGCUGCUGCCGAGGGCCAGUCUGGCAGUCAUAUUGAUCGAUAG